AAGAGUUACGUCUACGGUAAUCGAGCACGUGAUGUACAUACGUGCGUAAGAAUUGUUCUCUUCAUUAGUCGCAAGUCAUAAACGCAAACUUCUCGUAGAAUUGACUAAUCACAAUGUGGUCAAAUCAGUCAACCGAUCAACGUGAUUGAUCAAUUCCUCGAGACUUUCCAACGUGCGACUAAUGAAGAAACAACUCUAACAGGAAUAUCAAUGCGAUCCAGAAAGAAUUUUAGCAAGGACCAUGUUCGAGUGCUACCUUUUACUCUGUUGCCGUCAACUUUUCCGGAGAAGCCCUUUUUAACUGUAAAAAAUGUACAGACUUUACUGAACACACUUAUUCACAAGGUUGCUCACGAUGAAGAAUUUCUUAGAGAUACUUUAAGAAGCACAGUAGAAGUUGACCCGUUUACAGCCAAAUUGUUUCACAUAUACGAGAAUGUCUGCAAACAAGGUUUCAGUCAGAGCAUAAGUCUUGGAUUAUUAAGAUCAGAUUAUUUAUUACACGAUGGCUGCAAAAUAAAACAAGUUGAAAUAAACACAGUGGCAACUAGCUUUGCCACCUUGGCUGGUACUAUAUCCCAAUAUCAUAAAUAUAUAUUAGGAGAAUUAGGAUACAUGAAGGAAGCUCUAGAACACAUUCCAGAUAACAAUCCACUUGAUGGAUUUUGCAACGGAUUGGCACUUGCAUGGAAACUAUAUGAGGAUACAGAGGCUGUUAUAAUGUUCAUUGUUGAAGAUGUGACUUACAAUAUAUCUGAUCAAAGAUUACUUGAAUUUCAAAUUCGGCAAUUACAUCCAAAUAUUAGAAUUAUUAGGAGAAGUUUAACGAGUUUGGCGUCAGAAGAAAUACGACUGGGUUCAAAUAAGGAAUUAAUUGUUGCAAAUAUGGUAGUGGCUGUAGUUUAUUAUCGCUCUGGUUAUGAACUGGAAGCUUAUCCUACACAAAAAGAAUGGGAUGUUAGAUUGUUAAUAGAAACUUCCCGAGCAAUAAAAUGUCCAUCAGUACAAUAUCAUUUAGCAGGUACUAAAAAAGUACAGCAGUCUUUGGCUCAGUCUAAUGUACUGCGAAGAUUUCUAAAAGACGAGGUCUCUGUUGCUAAAGUACAAGAAAUAUUUACUGGAUUAUACACAUUAGACUUUAAUAACGAUGGGGAAAAGACAGUGGAAAUGGGUACAAAGGAACCAAAAAGAUACGUUUUAAAGCCGCAAAGAGAAGGAGGCGGGAAUAAUAUAUAUAACGAGGGUAUAAGCAAGUGGUUAAACUCGAUGAAGGACUUAAAGGAAAGAACAGCGUGGAUUCUUAUGGAUCGCAUUUAUCCCCCUCUGCAAAAAAAUUAUCUGAUACGUGCUGCUGAAGAACCAGAAUUAAAAAAUACUCUCGAUCUGUCGGAUGUUAUAACAGAACUUGGCGUAUAUGGAGUGAUAGUGGGGACUAGCAAGGAGAUAAUUUCCAAUGAUCAAGUCGGACAUGUUUUAAGAACCAAAUUAUCGAGCGAAGAUGAAGGCGGAAUAGUAGCAGGUAUCGGUGCUCUUGAUAGUCCUUAUCUAAUUAGCUAAGAAAUACAAAGUUUAAUAUAUAGAGAACAAUAAAUAAAAUAGUAUACACAAAUGGGAAAAAAAAUAAUUUGAACGAAUGUGUGCGCGUUCGUGAAAUAUUCUGUUCACACCAUUGUUUAUUGUUAAUUUUCAUAUUUUUUAUAACUUUAUUUUUUUGGAAAAGAAUGAUUUUUAUCGUAAUCGUAAAUUGUUGUUCUCUUUUUUUAUAGAAGAUAAAAUAACUUAUUGUAUACAAUAAUUUUAGAUACAAUUAUAUUUAUAUUAAAAAUAACACUAAUUUUUUUCGCAACAUACUAAUAUAUAUGAGAGAACUAACACGUGUGUUGACAAGAAUAAAUAUGUACAAUAUAAAUAUUUUAACUGCACACACAGCGCUAUACAAAUUUAAAACAAUAUAUGUACAAAUA